UGCUGGGUGUCAUGUUGGCUCUUGUCCAAGCUGCUGUGAUUCCAGAAGAUGAUUAUGACGACUGGUCUCUAUCGUGCCCUUAUGGGUGGACCAUGUACAGGACUCGCUGCCUCCUCUACGUUCCAAGAAACAUGACCUGGACUCAAGCUGAGGAGCACUGUAAGGCCAUGGAGGGAACGCUUGCAUCGGUGUACGACGCCGGCCACGCCAAAGAGAUCCGAGAGCAAAUGCAAAGCUUUGGGGAAUCACAUGGAAAAGUGUGGGUUGGAGGCCACAACACCCCAGAGAAUCCUUCCUGGUCCUGGAGCGAUUUUUUAGGUGUCCAUCAGUUUACCCAGUUUUGUGGCGGACAGUCUGCAAAGAACGAGCACCACUGUCUGCAGCUCACCUUCGCAGAAACAGGAAGUGGAUGCCUGGAUUACAUGCACUGUGACGCCGAGCUGCCAUCCGUCUGUAGCAUCGUACUCAUGUAGCCGCUGAGCUGAAACGGACCUCAAAAACAAA